GUCUGCAGCACACUGAAACUUAUCUCCACGUAUGACUGCCAUGUGUACGUCUGUCUCUGUCCGAUCUUUAGCCGAUGAUUCGAAGGCGUAUGAACUCUCCACCCUGACGGGGACGCAGGUUCUGCUGCUUGUGGCGAGUGAAACGGGUCACGUCUACACUUUUGCCACCCGCAAACUCCAACCCAUGAUCACGAGCGAAACAGGAAAAGCUCUGAUCCAAACGUGCCUCAACUCGCCUGACUCGCCCCCCCGCUCUGACCCCUCCAUGGACCAGCGCAUGAGUGCCACCGGCUUCGAGGAGACGGACCUCACCUACCAGGUGUCUGAGUCGGAGAGCAUGGGCGACACAAAGGUGAGAAUCAAAGACUUCUUAUACAUCAGUCCUUUAAAGAGGUGGACACGCAAAACACUACCUCACAUUGAGAAGAACUUCAUGAGGCUGCAGCUGAAUGCACUUGUUUCUGUUCCCUACCUGUAGUCCUACACAG